AUGAAUUUUAUUACUCUAAUCUAUCUAUCUAUACUAUUAUUAGUUCUAAAAUUGUAUCUCUAAAAAAGAUAUAGAUAAAAUAACAAAGGUUGGCAUGCAUAGGUUAUUAUUAAUAGCAAAAAAAAAAAUUUAUUCUUAAUUUAGAUUUAUAAUUCUAAUUAAAAAUUCUUUGAUUUGAUUGAUGACUUAAAAACAAAUAAUUAUGUUAGAAGUAUUCACAAUAUUAAAAAUAAUUAGAUAUUUUCGUUCUAACUAUGUGUAGUCUUUAUUAAAAAUUGCUAGACUAUAAAUCUUACAGAAUUUUAUCAUAGUGUAUAAUAUUCCACAUAGUUACAAGAGACCUAAAUUUCUUACUGCAGUAAGAUUCUGAUUUUCUUUCUCAGUUGCCUUAGAUUUAUCUCAAAAAUUUCUUUGCAUAAUUAUUGCGAGAUAAAACAAAAACCUUUUUUCUAUUAUUUAUUCUUUACCACUGGUUCUAAUAUUGAUUUUCAAUUAUUUAGAAUUAACAUAUAAAGGAAUAAAAUUUUAUGA